CUCACCGAACUGACGUAUCAUAUAUUAAAUAGUGGCCAGUACACAAGAGUCAUUCGCGAUGUACUUCUAAAGUUGCAUUAUCGACUUGAGGUAUAUGUGGCCAGUGAGGGUGAAUGGAAACUGAAAGCUAAGGGAUCCUUGGGAUGCUUGGGUGAUUUUGAAGAAGUAAUUGGCGAUAGCAUUGAGUUGAGUGAGCUGUCGACGGUGAUGGCACUGCUGUAUACUGUUGAACAUAGUUGUGGCGAGGUUGAAUCCUUAUGUCUUUGGUUGAUUGUCCAUAAACCGGACCAAUAUUUUCAGAAUCGUGUAUCAGUUGCAUUUUGUAAUCUUCCAGAAUUGCGCAUGACUAUCGCCGAAUUCUCAGAUACGGAGCACUUUUCAAAUUUAGAGCAGUUGCAAUGUUUAUCGGCGCUAUCACAUUAUUUGCAUAUCACUGAUGACAUCGAUACAUAUGAAGGGCAGUUUCAAUUGGUCGAUUAUAAAUCUGCCGGCUUUAUGUAUCUGGAUAUGGCUGCUGUUAAAGCAUUGGAACUGUUCUCAUUGAGUCGUGACGAAGAUGCUGUUGUUGGACAAUCUGGUACAUUAUUCGAAUUGAUCAAUAAAUGUAGAACAUCACAAGGACAACGAUUAUUACGUGAUUGGAUACGUCGACCGUUAUUCGAUUUACGUCGGAUUAAUGAACGCUUGGAUGCAGUCGAGGCGUUGUGUGAGGUUAGUGGUGCACGAGAAACACUUUAUGAGGAUCUGCUGAGGAGAGUUCCGGAUGUUGCAUCGUUGUCCAGGAAACUUUUGCAAAAAAAGGCAUCACUUCAGUUCAUUUCAUCAAUCAUAGUAUAUUUUAAGCAUUGUUACCGUCUCUAUCAACUUAUUCGCCUCCUGAAGCGAUUUGAGUGCGUGUUCAGCGAAGUUCAUGACUCAUGCGAUCAGUUUGCCCCAGCUGUCAAUGAUCUUUGCUUGGAACCGAUUCGUUUAGCGAUACUGCAGUUCGAUAAGUUCAGCGCAUUGAUUGAAACGACCGUUGAUGUGGAGUAUUUUGAAAAUUCAGGGUCAUAUCGUGUUAGACCGGAUAUUGACAAGGAAUUGAUGGAGAUUUCAAAUACAAUGAAAAGUAUCGAAAAACAAUGCGAAAAAGAACUUGAUAAGAUCAGUGGCAAAUUCGCGGAAUCCGUGAAACUUGAUUCCAACUCUCAGCACGGUUUCUUCUUUCGUGUUACCCUGAAGGUAUGCAAUACACUAAUUUUUGCCCUUGUAAAAUCAGUAAUCUUCUGUUCAAAAAUAAUCUCAUUUGCAGCCGGAUAUACUCCUGCCCUGCAACAACUGUCUGAUUGCUUAUCUGUGGUUGAUGUUUUGGUGGCCUUCGCCACUCUUGCUGCUGUAUCACCGUUUCCUUAUACAAGACCUGAAUUGCUUGAUAAAGAAUCUAAAACACUGAUAUUAAAGAAUUGUCGUCAUCCGGUUAUUGAAGCGCUUCCAGAAGCGCCACCGUUUAUUCCCAACGACGUGAUUAUGGGCGAUGAAUCGGAAGAUAAAACUCGAUUUCUGCUGCUAUCGGGCGCUAAUAUGGGUGGUAAGAGUACAUACCUACGGUCAUGUGCGCUUACUGUUCUGAUGGGUCAAAUGGGGUGUUUGGUGCCUUGCGAUUCUGCUCGUUUCUCGCUUAUUGAUGGAAUUCACACAAGAAUCGGCAGCUGUGAUUAUCAGUGUAAAGGUGUUUCAACGUUUAUGGCUGAAAUGAUCGACAGUGCGACAAUUCUUGAGACUGCGACACAGUAUUCUCUCGUGAUAAUCGAUGAACUGGGUAGAGGUACAUCGACGUACGACGGAUUUGGAUUGGCGUGGGCAAUUGCUGAGUUAGGAUUUCACUUUGAUUUGCGAAAUUUGGUUUGUUACAGCGAUCUUCUAUCGCGAGUUCAAUGUUUUUGUGUAUUCGCAACACAUUUCCAUGAGAUGUGCACAUUGGUCGAGCGAUAUCCGUCAACGGUGCGUAAUAUUCGUGUUGAAACACAAAUCAACGAGGCUGGUGACUUGGUGUUACUUUACAAAGUUGUGCCCGGUGUUGCAGAACGUUCAUUUGGUAUAAAUACAGCCAAAUUAGUUGGAUUGUCCGCGAAUGUUAUUCAGACUGCAAAUGACAUGCUUCAAAAAUUGGAAUGUGGAAAAAUGGACAGUGGAAAUGAUGAAGAAAAAGAUAUCAUCGAUAAGUUGAAAACUCUCGAAGGCGAGCAACUUCGCGAGGCUAUUCUAGCAUUGGCAUCUUGA